AUGAUGUCGCGUACAAUAACUCAGGAGCGAACGUACGACAGCGACUUGGAAAACACAUUCAAGAUUUACGAUGAUUAUCCUUGCGCAGUGGCGCUGGUCGUGACGUCAUCAUCAGCUGGAGCGGUGAGAGAGCAGCUAAGAUUCGCUCAAGCGCUGUCUUUGAAUACGCGAAUACCAGGCAAAGACGUGGAGUUGGAGCAUAAAGUUAAGCGCGAGACUCAAGUUACAGUUCCAACGUUGAUUGCGAAUCAGGGAACAAUCUGCGAAACAGGGGAGGAAGUCAGGGAAACCAGAAGGAAAAACGAAGCGGAAAUCGAGAAGGAAAUCGGGAAAAAUCGGGGAGAAAAUCACAGGACAUCGGGGAGAAAAUCCCUGAUAUCGGGGAGAAAAUCGGGAAAGUCGGGGAGGAAAAGGAACGAGUCAGGGAAACUGGUGAGAAAAUGGAGGGAAAGGGAACCCGCGGGGUCUCAGGGCGUGGCUCUGGGGGUCUCCAUGACACAAUCGCGAACAAAGGAAGGGAGAUAAGCGCUGGGAUGCGGGAACUAAGGGAGAGAGAGAAGAAGGACGAGGGCGAAGAAGAGGGAGAAGAGGAGGAAGACCCUCGGACAGACGAAGAAAAAGGAAGUGCAGACAAACUAGAAGACAAAAACGGACGAGAUAAAGAAACAGACCAAGAAAAGGGAGGAGAGGAAACGCCCAAGGAGACAACCCCCGCAGUUUCUCUUCCUCCUUCCCCCUCUCUCUCCUGCCCAGACGCCGGGCCCUUUGGCGCUGCCCCUGACGCGGGA